AUGAAGAUCAAGGAACAGAAGGAAGAAGUAUCCCACACAUUCAUAUGGAAAGUCCGCUUAUCUGAGCUCAAGAACAGCCGAAAUUACUCUGACACUUCCACCGUCGGUGGUCUUAAAUGUUUCAAAAUUGGUGCUUUGUUCUUUUUCGAAUUUCUUUAUUCGUGGAUUUUAGAUACUCCCAACAAUUUGAGGAAAUGGUCCUGCAGAUUAUUGCAUGUCCAAGGUUAUGUGAUGAAAAUUCCUGUGGAGCAGUUAUCAAUGUACUUGGCUGUUGCAGAUGCUUCAGGAUUGCCAGUUGGGUGGAGUAGACUUGCCCACUCUAGCUUUACCUUGGUUAAUCAACUUGACAGCAAGAAGUCAAUAGCAAAAUCUACAAAGGGCACUGUACUAUUCAAUGAAAAUCAGUGUGAGUUGGGCUUCAAGUCUUUCGUGCCUGCUAGUGAGCUUUAUGACAGGAUUGCUGGUUAUCUCAUGAGCAACAUGUGUAUUAUAAAAGCAAAGGUGGCUACCUUACAAGAUACUCCAGCUUCUGAACCAUUUUGCACUACGGUUGCAACCCCAAUCGUUAGAAUUGAAGAUCCAGGAACUGAAAUUGCCUCAAAGAAAGAAUCCAACAGGGAGGAGCCUUCAAAUGUGAAUUCUGGGGCAAGCUCAAGUCUUUUCAGCAGCAUCUAA